CACCAUGACGUCGCGUUUGCCUUUAAGAUGCGUAGAGAACGGGGCGAAAUUAGCGAAAGCUGACGACGGUUUGUUAUAUAGACGAUUUUAGGACUUAUUUUGCUUCAUAGCUACAUUAUAUAUACCGCUCGACAGGAGCUGUACUAUAUGGUCUUAUUUUUUAGUAUAACUGUCUUUGACUUAUGAAGCACGCGCUUAAUGAAGCUCUCGUGAUCAGCUCACGCGUCUCAUGGAAGUUGCUGUGACUUUGCGAUAAAUAUAUGCGGUUCUUCCGCCAAGCAAAACGUCUUUACUCUUUAUUUUAGAGCACGGAAUUAUUAUUAAGCCGCUUAGAAGAUCAAAACCAUGACGGGUAGAGAGGACGAGUAUGACUAUCUCUUUAAAGUGGUGCUGAUUGGUGACUCAGGUGUGGGCAAGAGUAACCUGCUCUCUCGCUUCACCCGUAAUGAGUUCAACCUGGAGAGCAAGAGCACCAUCGGGGUGGAGUUUGCCACACGCAGUAUCCACGUGGAGGGAAAGACGAUCAAGGCCCAGAUCUGGGAUACAGCUGGACAGGAGAGAUACAGGGCCAUCACAUCAGCGUAUUACAGAGGUGCUGUUGGAGCCCUGCUGGUGUAUGACAUCGCUAAGCAUCUGACCUAUGAGAAUGCAGAGCGUUGGCUGAAAGAGCUGCAGGAUCAUGCCGACAGCAAUAUUGUCAUCAUGUUAGUAGGGAACAAAAGUGACUUGCGCCAUCUGAGAGCCGUGCCUGUGGAUGAAGCAAAGGCCUUUGCAGAAAAGCAUGGGCUUUCUUUCCUGGAGACCUCUGCUCUGGACUCUUCUAAUGUUGAACUCGCCUUUCAGACCAUUCUUACAGAAAUCUACCGUAUCGUGUCCCAGAGGCAGAUGUCAGGGCGUGGCGAUGCCGACUUCUCCCCCAGCUCCAAAGUGGUUCCCAUUACUGUGCAGCCGACACAGAAUUCUGGCAAGCAGGGCGCCUGCUGUCAAAAUAAUUGAGCUGCCACAGCGCCACCACGGAGUCCGGGGAAAAUCGGCAACUUUGGAGCACAUGGUUGGGCUGGGCUGCAAAACGGGGCCGUUGCUGUGUCCGAAUAACUGCGUUAUAUUCCCUCGUCGUGAUGUGGUUAACGUAUGUAACAAACUUACUUGGUUAUGCCCAGAAUUGUCAAGUAAUUAAAGCUUAACUUGCAGUGCAAGAGAAAUUUGAAUGGAUCAAGGAGAGGCCUCCUGUUUCAGACUAAUUAGAAAUGAGCAGUUAGCUGGGGUGCUCAGAUGUGGCUGCUCACUUUAUUUUUCUGCACUUUUUGUCACCGACAUUCUGCUUACAAACAAAAGAGUGGAUGAAUGCCACCAAGACAAAGUGAUACUUGUUUUUUUUUUUUUGUUUAUGUUUCAAUGGUUUCUGGUGAAAAUGGGGAAUGAUUUAUGAAAUUGUAUUCUUUUUUUUUUUUUUUUUGCUUUCAAGGAUUCGUUCAGCCAAAAAUUUAAAUUCUGAUCAUUUACUCACCCUCAUGUCUUUUAGACACCUCUUUGAAUAAAUGUCUUCCAUGGAACACAAAAGUAGUUGUUAGCAGAAUGUCCAAGCUGCUUUUUUACACAAAAUGAAAGUGAAUGGUGACCACGCCUGUCAAAGCUAGAUUUUUACUAUAGAUGUCAGUCAGCUAGAAUUACAUUUUAGUACGUUUCUUACACAAUGCUAACAAAUGUCUUUAAAAGACUAGAAAAAUAAUGUAUGACUUGAAUGGACUACUUUUAUGAUGCUUUUUUGUCAUUUUUUUGUGCUCUGUGGAGCUUGACAGCCCCUGCUCCCCAAACACUUUCAUUUUAUGGGAGAUAGCAGCUCAGACAUUCUGUUAAACAACUCCUUUUGUGUUCAAUGAAAGACAGUCAGUCAUAUGGGUUUGGAACAACACGAGGGUGAGGAAAUGAUGACAUAUUUUUCAUUAUGGGUAAACUCUUCCUUUAAGCACCAUAGAAGUAGUAUGACAUCAGUUUCAUGCAUCUUUGCACCAGGAAAAUUCACUUAGUGGUCACCAUAGCCACCAAUUCAUUGUUUUUUUUUUUGUUUUUUUUACAGUCACUGCUAUAAUGGCCCUUCCGUAUUUAUUGAAUGCAAAUAUGAUCUUGAUAUUCUGUGGUAUUUUUACUUUAUAUUUUGUCAUGCUUCUUUAUAUGAAUGUAGUUUUUUUUUUUUUUUUUAUGACUUGUAUGACUAUUGAUUUGAAUAUCUCGGGGCAAAGAUAUGGCACUCUUUAUAUUAGUAAUGUUUUUUUGUUAUUUGGGAUCAGAGUAAUGUUAACAGGUUAAUCAAUAGAUGUAUAGUAAAGAUUGAUAGGAGUAUAAUAUAUUCAAAUUUAGGGUUGGGAAUAUUGAACUGCUUCUUAAUAAAAUUAUUCUUACAACA